CAAGGCUUGGCCUCCGAUAUGUGCGCGGCGCUCGGUUCCCGUUUGACUGAUCAGAUGCUCAGCGCGCGGCUAAACACCGACGGCUGACUAAACUCAGGAGAGCCACUGAAGCGCUCGGCUGGUCGUGUUUCUUCGUUUCCACGACUGUUCUCCACGGAAAUACAGCCUCCGGACCCACUGCGCGUUGGCUCACGUCCCCCUUGGGGGUCGAGGGAGGAAAGAAGUAAAGAAAAAAAAGAACGAUAGGGAGAGACUCCUAGAGAGAGAGAGAGAGAGAGAGAGAGAGAGAGAGAGAACAGACGCUGGGCUCUGGCUCUGCGGGGCUGGCCGCUUCUCUGUGGUUCGGAAAGCCUCGAGGGCGAUGCUGCUGGGCGGGGAUCUUACACAGUUUCUGCCCGGUGGCGGAGGAGAAGAUGCGAGCUGCAGCUACAGAACACCCGCAACGCCACCGUCGUGUUUUCAGACCAAGAAUUGAUGAUGGUGAUGAUGCUGCCUCCCCCAGCGCUCUUUUUCUGCUCCUCCGGAUCCCUUUCGCCCGGGAUUCUUGUUCUCCCGACACUGGAUUAUAGAUGAUUGCUGUGGACACUAUUUUUUUCUUUUAAUUUACAUCAACUCUUUUUAUUUUCCGAAGCGAGGCGCAGGGAAAAGACAUAAAUUGGCGGGCUGAGGACCGGUGUAUUUUAAAAGCGGUUUUUUAUAUAUUUAUUUUUUCAUUUUUUAUUUUUUGCCUCUCCAAGUGCGUGCAAUCACGCCCAAAAUCGGCGACCGACGCCUUGGCGGUGAGGAGGAGGGGGGGAGAAGAAGAAGACGGAGGAGGAGGGGGAGGAGGGAUGCCGCACCGUCCAUCACCAAAUAUCAACAAAUGUCACCAGGCUCGGAUUUUGGGGAAGCCCCCCUCGGCUGGCGUUUGCGUGUAACCCGAGCAGCAGUGUGGUGGCAGUGAGAGGCUGCAGCGGGACUUUCUGCCGCGACAUAUCAAACGUUGCAGAUCUAUGGCACAAAAUUAAAUGAAUUAUUAAAAAUUUCAUUCGUAUCUAUUUCUAUUUUUAUCACCGCCGGGAAAAAAGGAGGUGGAGGAGGACUUGGGAAGGGGGGAAGACAACUGCAGAUCCUGUCAAGAUGCACUAGGCUGGUGAGAGAGGGGGGGAAAAGACGCAGUCUCAAACUAGGAUAGCCUACUUAGUGGAGAUGAUCGCAAUAUUUACUCAAACGCACAGCUAUGCAUCUUUAUGGCGUUAUUCUAGGAUGAUCGGUGUUUUGUUUGCCCGAUGAAAUGCAAGAAGCGAUUCGCUCUUGGAGAGGGUUUUCCUAACCAAAAAAAUAAAUACAAAUAAACACACACAAACAAACAAACAAAAAACAAAAUCAACAAAAAACGGAAUGUCUUAGAGGGAAAAACGCCGAUUGUGUGACAAGAUUUUCCCUUUUUUUCUCACAAAUUUCUGGCCACCACUUAAAACCAAUCAGUUUUUUUUUCUUUUUCUACAAGAGAACUGAUUUUCCAGAAAUUCCAGAAAUACAUCCCUCCGUUUCCCAUUCAUAUUCCAAACACACGAUCACAGACACCGUGCGCUCUCCCUCUCCUCUUCACCCUCCCCUCUCCUCCUCCUCCUCCCCCUCCUCCCUCCCUCUCCAAUCACAAAUGGAGGUAUCUUCUCGGCGCUGAAGAUCUGGGAAGGAGACAGAGAUAGAAGGAGAAAAGAGACUCGAGAUAAGCCAGAGAAAGCCCAUCUCCAUUCUGCAUGUGUGUUUGGAGCCGAGGCUGAUGGGGUGGUGGCAUGUGGAGGUGUCACUCUGAGGUUCCCCCCCAGCACCUUCCUAACCUCUGGCGUUUGGUGUCUGCAGAAUGGCGCGUUUUGGAGACGAGCUACCCAACAGGUAUGGAGGAGGAGGAGGAGGUGGUGGUGGCGGUGGUGGCGGGGGUGCCGGCGGACAAGGGGGCCCCGGCCGUGGCGGCAGCAGGCAAGGGGGGCCCCCCGGAGCGCAGCGGAUGUACAAGCAGUCGAUGGCCCAGAGAGCCCGGACCAUGGCCCUGUACAACCCCAUACCCGUCCGGCAGAGCUGCCUAACGGUCAACCGCUCCCUCUUCCUCUUCAGCGAAGACAACGUGGUGAGGAAGUACGCCAAAAAGAUCACCGAAUGGCCUCCGUUUGAAUGGAUGAUUCUCACCACCAUCAUUGCAAACUGCAUCGUCCUGGCUCUGGAACAGCACCUUCCCGAUGGAGACAAGACGCCUCUGUCCGAACGACUGGAGGAGACAGAGCCCUACUUCAUAGCCAUCUUCUGUUUCGAGUCUGGAAUAAAGAUCCUGGCUCUCGGUUUUGCGUUACAUAAGGGCUCCUACCUGAGGAACGGCUGGAACGUCAUGGACUUUGUAGUUGUCCUCACCGGUAUUUUGUCGUCAGUGGGGUCCACGUUUGACCUGAGGACACUGCGAGCCGUCAGGGUGCUGCGACCCUUAAAACUGGUGUCUGGAAUUCCAAGCCUGCAGGUGGUGCUCAAGUCCAUUAUGAAGGCUAUGAUCCCCCUGCUGCAGAUUGGUCUCCUCUUAUUUGUGGCCAUCCUCAUGUUUGCAAUCAUCGGCCUGGAGUUUUACAUGGGACAGUUCCACAAGACUUGCUAUGAUGAUGUUACAAAUGAGACUGCAGAUGACAGGCCGUGUGGUACUGCAUCGCCAUCCCGGCUGUGCUCCAAUGGCACGCACUGUGGGGAAGAGUGGAUUGGACCCAACUACGGGAUCACCCAGUUCGACAACAUUCUGUUCGCCGUGCUCACCGUCUUCCAGUGCAUCACCAUGGAGGGAUGGACAAACAUGCUGUACCACAGUAACGAUGUAAGUGGCAGUUACUUUAAUUGGAUGUACUACGUCCCCCUCAUCAUCAUCGGCUCCUUCUUCAUGCUCAACCUGGUGCUGGGUGUACUCUCAGGUGAAUUUGCCAAAGAGAGGGAGCGAGUGGAGAACAGGAGCGAAUUCCUCAAGCUGAGGAGACAGCAGCAGAUUGAGAGGGAGCUCAACGGAUACCUUGAGUGGAUCUGUAAAGCAGAGGAGGUGAUUCUGGCUGAGGAAGAUGCUACAGGGAACUUUGAUGGUUCGAGGCGUAGGCCAACCAUCAAAACCAAAAACAACAAGACAGAGCUGCUGAACCCUGAGGAAGGAGAGGACAAAAUUGGAGAUGCAGUAGGUUUUGCACGCUCCAGCAUAAAGAGCGGUAAGGAGGGCUCCAAUUACAGCAAGAAUGAGCGACGGAUGCGAUUCUUCAUCCGUAAGAUGGUGAAGACGCAGGCUUUCUACUGGAUAGUGCUCUUUCUGGUGGGCCUCAACACCAUCUGUGUGGCCGUGGUGCACUACGACCAGCCUGAGAUGCUCACUGACUUUCUCUUCUAUGCAGAGUUUGUCUUCCUCGGUUUGUUCAUGUCUGAGAUGCUGAUCAAGAUGUACGGUCUGGGCAUCCAGCCCUACUUCCAUUCCUCAUUCAACUGCUUCGACUGUGUGGUAAUAGUCGGCAGUAUCUUCGAGGUUGUGUGGGCCACCAUAAAACCAGGCACGUCCUUCGGGAUCAGCGUGUUACGAGCUCUGCGAUUGCUCCGCAUCUUUAAAGUCACAAAGUACUGGGCACCACUUCGAAACCUGGUGGUUUCUCUGCUGAACUCCAUGAAGUCCAUUGUCAGCUUAUUGUUCCUCCUCUUCCUCUUCAUCGUGGUAUUUGCCUUGUUGGGGAUGCAGCUGUUUGGAGGACAAUUUAACUUUGACGACGGAACGCCUCCUACUAACUUUGACACGUUUGCUGCAGCAAUCAUGACAGUGUUUCAGAUCCUGACAGGAGAAGACUGGAAUGAGGUGAUGUACUAUGGCAUUGAGUCCCAGGGUGGAGUGAAAGACAAGGGGAUGAUCUUCUCCAUCUUCUUUAUUGUCCUGACACUCUUUGGCAACUACACUCUGCUUAACGUCUUCUUGGCCAUCGCUGUUGACAAUCUGGCCAAUGCCCAGGAGCUUACAAAGGAUGAAGAAGAACAGGAAGAGGCAGCCAAUCAGAAGACAGCACUACAGAAGGCAAAGGAGGUGGCAGAGGUCAGCCCUCUGUCAGCUGCCAACCUGUCUAUUGCUGCUAAGGAGCAGCAAAAGAACCACACCAAGGGAAAUAAGUCGGUGUGGGAGCAGAGAACAAGUGAGAUUCGCCGACAGAACCUAAUGACGAGCCGCGAGGCGCUCUACAAUGAGCUGGAGCAGGAAGACUGGAAGGUGGGAGUCGAGGGAGAAGAGGCGUCUUACCCACGGAAAGGACGUGGUGACAUGAAAACCCACUUGGACAGGCCGUUGGUGGUGAACCCACAGGACAACCGCAAUAAUAACACCAACAAGACCCAACCUGGAGAACUGCCACUUGACCAGGAGUACCGGCGCCAGGACAUAGAUCACUGCCGCCGUGCCGCCCACUGCUAUCACUACGACCGCGAUCACCAUCAGAAACCCUUUGGGCAAGACAGCAGAGAGACAAGCCAGCUAUCAGAGACCCGUAUGGAGCACGGCUUCAGCUGCACAUCUCUGGGUAACGUGGAGGCGAGCGUAGAGGGCCGUCCAGGGGAGGAGAGGCACAGCCACCGGAGCCAUCGGGGCCAUCGGCACCGGAACAGGGAAGGCCGUGAAGCUCGCAGCGUUUCCCCCCACCAGAGUGAGGCAGGAGAAGGACAUAAUGAGCACAGGAGGGCCAGGCAGCACCGCAGGGCAGCAAGAGAAGGAGAAGAAGGCAGGCGACACCGAUCCAGGGGGAAAGAAGGAGAGGGGGGGAAAAUCGUGGAAGGAGAAGGGCGGAGAGCAAGACGACAUCGACAUGGCAACCAUGAUAAGAGCAAAGGGCAUUGCAGAAGGGAACACCACAGUACUGGACCAAGCCUCUCUACCACCCGUCCUAUACAGCAGUAUAAUGAGGACCUGGACAACUUCCGCAACAACAGCAAGCUGGCCAAUGCCCACGAGCACCCUUACGCCCUACCACCAGAUCACCCUGACCAUCCUGACCAUGUCAAUAACCUGCUCAACUGCCGCGAUGCUGAUACCCACACACUGCUUCACAGCAUGGACAGCUUGAUUCUCACUAGCAUGGUUAAACCUGACUACACAGCCAUAGAAAUGCCCCCUGUCUACCCCUACCCCUCGACCAACGCCAUCUUACAAGUGAACAAGAACGCCAACACCGACCAGAAGAAGAGUGAGGAGAAGAAAGAGGAGGAGAGCGAGGGCGGAGAUGAAGAUGGCCCCAAACCCAUGCCUCCUUAUAGCUCUUGCUUCAUAUUGUCCACCACUAACCCGUUUAGAACUAGGAUAAUUGUCUUUCUAGUGCUGCGUAAUUUUGACUACGUUUUCACAGCAGUCUUCACAUUUGAAAUGUUGAUCAAGAUGGUGGUGCUGGGCUUGUUUCUCCACGAGGGAUCCUACUUCCGUGACUUGUGGAACAUUCUGGACUUUAUAGUGGUUAGUGGUGCUCUGGUGGCCUUCGCCUUCACGCGAGGCCCGGCUUUCACCCUCCUGUUGUCUCAGUCUGCUCUGCUUCAGAGCUCAUCAUCCCCUCUCGUCCAGUAUCCCCUUCGCUCUGUUCCCGUUUCUGCUUCUGUCCAUCUUUUUUCCCAGUCUUUCCUGUUUUCUGCUGUCUUCGACUGCGUGGUCAACUCUCUGAAGAACGUGUUGAACAUCCUGAUUGUCUACAUGCUCUUUAUGUUCAUCUUUGCUGUGGUGGCCGUUCAGCUCUUCAAAGGUCGCUUCUUCCAUUGCACAGAUGAAUCCAAGGAGUUUGAGCGCGACUGCAGGGGCGAGUACUUGGUAUAUGAGAAAGAUGAAGUUAAAGCUGAAAAGCGGGAGUGGAAGAAGUACGAUUUCCACUACGACAACGUGGCUUGGGCCUUGCUCACCCUCUUCACCGUCUCAACUGGAGAGGGUUGGCCACAGGUGUUGAAGCACUCAGUGGACUCCACCUAUGAGAAUCAGGGCCCGAGCCCAGGUUACAGGAUGGAAAUGUCCAUCUUUUACGUGGUGUACUUCGUUGUCUUCCCCUUCUUCUUUGUAAACAUCUUUGUGGCUCUCAUCAUCAUCACCUUCCAGGAACAGGGGGAUAAGAUGAUGGAGGACUACAGCUUAGAAAAAAAUGAGCGAGCUUGUAUAGAUUUUGCCAUCAAUGCCAGGCCUCUGACUCGCCACAUGCCAAAGAACAAACUGAGCUUCCAGUAUCGUAUGUGGCAGUUUGUGGUAUCUCCGCCCUUCGAGUACAGCAUCAUGGCUCUAAUCGCGCUCAACACCAUCGUCCUCAUGAUGAAGUUCGAAGGUGCAUCACUGGUCUACAAUAAUGUCCUGAAGAACCUCAACAUUGUGUUUACCACCUUCUUUUUCUUGGAAUCAGUGCUCAAGAUCAUAGCAUUCGGCCCUCUGAAUUUCUUCAGAGAUGCCUGGAACAUUUUUGAUUUUGUGUCUGUCCUUGGAAGCAUCACUGACAUAUUAGUGACAGAGUUUGGGAAUAAUGCCUUCAGUUUGAGCUUCCUGAGGCUCUUCAGAGCAGCUCGCCUUAUAAAGCUGCUGAGACAGGGAGAGACCAUUCGCAUCUUGCUGUGGACCUUCGUCCAGUCCUUCAAGGCUUUGCCAUACGUGUGCCUGCUUAUUGCCAUGCUGUUCUUCAUCUAUGCCAUCAUUGGCAUGCAGCUGUUUGGGAACUUAAAACUAACUGAGGAUGAUGGAAUCAAUGAGCACAAUAACUUCAGAACCUUCUUCAUGGCCCUAAUGCUGCUGUUCAGGAGUGCUACGGGUGAAGCGUGGCAAGAGAUCAUGUUGGCUUGCCUGGAUAGGAAGGAGUGUGAUCCUGAAUCAGGGAAUGAUAAAAAAGAAUGUGGCAGCACCUUCGCUUACACAUACUUUGUCUCCUUUAUCUUCUUGUGCUCUUUUCUGAUGCUGAAUCUGUUUGUGGCUGUCAUCAUGGACAAUUUUGAGUACCUGACUAGAGACUCUUCCAUCCUGGGGCCUCAUCACCUGGAUGAGUAUGUAAGGAUAUGGGCCGAGUACGACCCUGCCGCCUGCGGGCGCAUACAUUAUAAGGAUAUGUACAGUUUAUUGCGAGUUAUCUCCCCUCCUCUGGGCCUUGGCAAGAAGUGCCCACAUAGGGUGGCCUGCAAGAGGCUGCUGCGCAUGGAUCUACCGGUUGCUGAUGACAACUCGGUGCAUUUUAACUCCACGCUCAUGGCUCUGAUAAGGACAGCACUGGACAUAAAGAUUGCUAAGGGUGGUGCAGAUAAGCACCAGAUGGAUGCGGAGCUUAGAAAGGAGAUGAUGGCUAUCUGGCCCAACCUAUCGCAGAAGACACUGGACUUGCUGGUUACCCCUCACAAGGCAGCCACAGACUUGACGGUGGGCAAAAUCUACGCUGCCAUGAUGAUCAUGGAGUACUACCGGCAGAGCAAGAUGAAAAAGCUGCAGGCCCUGCGAGAGGAACAGAACCGAACGCCAUUAAUGUUUCAGCGCAUGGAGCCGCCCUCUGAGGGAGGCGGCACGGACGGCCAGGGAGGCCAGGGCCAGAACGGCCUGUCCAGCACGCAGCUAGACAACAUCAACAGCAUACCUCCUGAGGGUGGCAUGACUGAGAGCCAGUCAUGGGUGACGGCCAAAGCCCAGGAAAUGUUCCAAAAGACGGGUAACUGGAGCCCGGACAGACCCUACCCCGACGACCUCCACGACAACCGUCACAACCCCCAGACGGUAGAGAUGAGGGAGAUGGGGCGGGACGGGUACUCCGACACUGAGCCCUAUCACCCAAUGGAUGGGCAUGGGCGGACCCUCUCCAUGCCCCGCCUCUCGGCAGACAACCAACGGAGGAGACACAGGCCUCGCGGAAAUAACCUCAGUACCAUUACUGACACAAGUCCGAUGCGUCGCUCCACGUCCAGCCUAGUUCACGGGCGUACAGGCAGGGGCGUGAGGCUGGACGACUACUCGCUGGAGAGGGUGGUGUCUGAGGAGGGGAGACAUGGAGGACGUAGGCACAGGGACAGAAGCCACCGCACCUCGCAGCGCUCCCUGACCAGAUACACCGACGCGGACACGGGCCUGGGCACAGACCUCAGCACCACCACACAGUCAGGUGAUCUGCCACCCAAGGAGCGCGAGCGGGACCGUGGCCGGACCAAGGACCGUCGUCACCACCAUCACCAUCACCAUCAUCACGGCUCUAUUGACAAGGAGCGGUACGGCCACGACCGCCACGACUACUCCCACAGGCAUCCCCACGACCGUCACUGGUCCCGGUCACCCAGCGAGGGGCCUGACGGACGAGGUCACAGACAGGGCAGUAGUUCGGUGAGCGGCAGCCCGGUUCCCUCUACCUCGGGGACCAGCACUCCAAGGAGAGGCCGCCGCCAGUUGCCUCAGACCCCUGCAGUCCCACGCCCACAUGUCACCUACUCCCCCGCGGUCCGCAAGCCCGGCUAUGGCCCCCCAGGGCCAGGUCGCCUGCGUUCACCCUCUCCACGACACUUCUCCCCUCCAGACCAUGACAGAGGCUACCACCACCGACCCCCGUCACGCCACGCCUCUCCCCACCACGGGGGCUCUUCAUCCCGGCAUGGUUCGCCACGCUCCCCUAGGCACCAGUCCCCGCGCUCGCCCCUCCACGGCUCACCCAGGUCGCCUCACCGAAGCCGCUGGAGCGGGCCUCCACCCGGGGACAGCCUGGAGUGUGACGGGCCCUUCUACGAGAGAGAUUAUGAGUAUGAGCGUCACCACGAGCCUCCCGCCUACGAGCAGAGCCUCUCCCACGGCAACCCUCACCCACAUGGAGGAAAUCCUCACCCACACCCACGUUCACCUAGGACUGCCCGCCACGGGCCUCCUCCACCCCCUCAACCGCAUCCACGCAGGGUACCCAAUGGUUACCGCUCAUCUUCACCUUCCCCACACCGACGGGGACCACCAGGGGUGCCGCCCCACCCACACCACCGGCCUGCCCAUGCCAGAGGGCCCCGCAAGGGCCUGCAUGAACCUUAUAGUGAGACGGAUGAGGAUGACUGGUGCUAGCAACCAUAAAGAGCUUGGGAUAUGGCAGGAGAGGAGAAGAAGAACAGCAGUCUCCAGUGCUCUGGCCUUGGAUGUGUAGACUAAAAGAAAAAACAAACAAAAACAAAAAACAAAACAGAGUGGUGGGAGGGGUUGGACACCCUCAAAACCCUCUACCUUCAGCUCUCAGACUAUGAACGAGUGGAAGGGGUGGAGGGGAGGGGGGGCAGCAGAAAAGCCUUUUACACAUUUUGUGUAAUACUCAAGUGAGUGACAGAGCAGCAUAUGGGUAAAAAAGAAAAAGGGACCGCUAAGGCCUGGACACAGUUUACCUCUGCCUCUUUCAAUCUCAGAACUACACUUCCCAGAAUCAGCCUUGAUCAUCAAGACCUGGCUGCAGGAGGAAAAGAGACGUGUGGGAGUGCAAGCAAGGGAGGAGCACGAGGUUAUUAAAGUGCGAUGUUAUGAGGCCUAAAAGCACUUCUCUCAGACUGAUGCCUGAUUGCUUAGAUUUGCUAGACAUGUGCUAUUUGUCACUGGCCAGACUGCUACUGUAAAAGCCUGAAAAUGAGCUGGAACACAGAGUCCGCCGCUUAGACUCUGCUCCUAGACUGAUAUGUUUAAAGAUACAUCAAUUAAUAAAAAGCCAGGACCCCCCCAACCCUUACAUGCCAAGCUAUGCCUCCAGAAAAUCAAACUUGAACAAUGAAGAACACAGUGAAACUUUACAUGACAAACACUGAAAAGAAAAAAAAGGGAGAACAACCACUUUAUCUAGAACCUUUUUCCUGUCCAACUGACAGAACCAGGAAGCUCCGCCUAUACUGCAAAAACCAGCCAAUCACAGCGCUGGCUGAUAUUUGAUGAGUUUUAUCAUCUCUGUUUACUGUUAAGGACUCGCAUAGUGCUGAUGGAACUGAUGUGACAUCACUUCCUGUCCAGCAGAUGGUGGUGAUAGGAGUAGUAGUAGUAAUAGUGGUGGCAGGGGGGAGAGCCACAGUGUGGGCUCACUUCCUGUUCACUUGCACUUGUGGGCUGGGCUCAGGUAACUAGAGAAAGGGAGUCGGACACUUUGUCAAGCCCCUUCCCUCUCUGUUACUCAACAGAGGAUGACCCGACAGGAAAUGACAUCACACAGUUGAAUAGGGCGGAGGAGAGGAAAGGAGGGAUGGGAAAAAAAGACUAAUUUCUUCAGUAUUUCUUCUGUCGUUUACUUCUUGUUCUUCUUAGGACAUUGGAGCUUGGUUCUUCUGUUGCAUUCGCUCAGCCUCCUUUGAUCUUUUUCAGAGCUCAAAAUUUGAUGGAAACCUGCAUGACUGAUUAAAUACAUAUUAGAGAGGAAAUCUAACUGGUGUGGGUGGGACCUGGGGGGCUUUGUAGGAAACUUUGCAUUUAGGUUUACAAAAGAAGCUCCCUUCUUUCCAGCUCUUUCUUUCUCUCUCAGAUCUCAGCAGAAAUGUUGUUUUGUGGUUUCUUUGUACCUGAAGCAGGUUUUGACAGUUGGGUAUUUUAUUUGUCUCCGUUUCUGCCCAAAGCUCUGUUACUGCAACCUGUUAGAAGACAAGGAGCACCUUAAAGUUUCUGUCUGCACUUGAGAAACAAGAGGGAGAAAGGGCAUGGAGAAGCGAACCUCUAACACACUUUAUUUAUUAUUGUUAAUGAUGACACUUUUAUGAAUAAUGAUAUCAAUGUCAAUGCAAAACGAUGGUGACAAUGAUGAUGAUAAUGGUGAUGAUUGGUUGAAUUGUUGCUGUAGAUUUGUUGUCAUGUUAUUUGGAGUUAUGCUGUGUAUGCUAUGUUCAUCCUGUUUACAUCCAUUAUGUUAUUAUUCCCCCGUUCAAUGAUGUUUAUCGGGUUCCUGAUGCCUUGCUGCAAUGUUUCAAGUCAACUGCGGCUUGGGAACUCUUCCUGAGCAGCAUUGUGUGCUAUAAUGCAAAUCUUUAAAGACACACUUUUUUCUCUCUGGAAUGGUGGAGGUCAGAUGGACUCUCAGUUAUCUGACCUGAAGUGGUUCAAAAGGGGUCAGAACUCUGUCAAGCCAACCCAAAGAUCAGUAAUUUAGGUUCAGAGUGAGAGGUAGGACAAUUUAUUGAGAGCCGUGAAAACUUUGUCUUCUCUUCACGCUUAAGAGGUGCUCAGAAAAGGUCAUUUUACCGGGUUAAAAGUUCUACUGAGAUUGAAUUCUCCCACUUGCUGCCAAAAAAAAGCUUUUCAAUCUGUUGGGCUCUGUAGUUUUGUAGUGAGAACAGCACAGUAUUAGUGGUACAGUGUUGGUGUCGGUCAGUAUUUUUGCCACCAGGGGGCAGUGAUAAACAUAUUAUGUUAUUGGCCCUACCUUCCCUGUCUGCAGGACAGUCUCUGAGCCACAUCCUAGUUUCAAGAUCAGGAGUCAAAGCUGAUCUUCACCUUAUAUCUUUGCAAGAUAUAUAUGUCAAGUCCUUGUGUUUCGCAGGAAACAUGGAUGCAGCCCGAGAGACAAUAUCUGUUUGUCAGUCCGCCCUUCCGCUUGCUUGUCUGCGCCAAUGCUGACCAUCCACCCCACCCUACAACCCCUUCUCUCAGGUCUGGCUAACCAGAGUCAACUAGUCACCCCAGUUCAGUCACAUACGGUUGUAGCAAACCAUUCCCUGCCAAAGCCAACCUCAGUAUCCACCGACCUUCUUUUCCCUGAUUUAUCCUUCUUUUGCUGUCCAUUUGACGUCUGUUCUUUCAGCUUGGUAGAGAGUGAUGCUGAAGGUUCAGGACAGAAACACUUAGGACUAAUAAUAUUUCAUCCUUAUUGUUAUGAGGGAUAACACUUAUUGAAUAUUCAAUAACUCUAGGACAAAAUGAUAAAGUAUAGAUAAAUAUAGUUGAUUACCUACAGAUAAACCUAGAUAUGAUAUCGUAGAUGUAGUUAUAGACAACAGAGUAUAAUUAGAGUUUCAGAUAAAUAUUUAUUUUGCAUACCGAUCACGCUCACAAAGAAGUCAAAGAAUCGAGCUACUCUUAAAACCUCGCGCUGUUUGCAAAAGCCAGAAAACAAACCCCAGUCCACGUGUUGACUCUAUGCAGACCUCAUAGGCAUCCUCAUCAUAUUACUUCAAAAAGGUGAACCCACGACGCAGUGGUUCUGUAAAACAGGCCCAGGAAACGGGAACAUGCAGAUCUGAGAAAAUGUGAACACUGGCACCGAUGUUUUUUUCCCCAGACUUCACAUGACAUCACACCCCCACAGUUCAUGUACCUCUGUAGCUGUCUUUUUCCCUCCCUCCUCCUGAUGACGAAUCCCUUUUUUCCCUCCACAAAUUUCUAUUCUCUCCAAAAGAUGCGUUGCCUCCAGGCCUCGUAGUUGAGCAUUGCGUAGGAAAGAUGUGGAUUGGGGGGGUGGUUGUUUUUUGUUAACAGUUCAUUUGCUUGGUGGGCAUGAAGGGGCGCAUAACACGAAACCCCUUUUCUGUCCUCACCUACAAUCAAGAGGUUACGGCAGGUGGGGAAUGUUCCCCAAAGCCCCCUACAGAGCCACAGUGCCUUCUGUAUCCGAGUCAAAUUUGUCAUGCCCCAUCUUGUCCAUCGCUCACCCCCCUCAACCCUUAACCCACUGUAGUAGAUGAGAUCAUCCACACUACGCCUUAAAAGUUGAGUCCCACUGGCGCCCAUGCUAGCAUAGAAAUGGGGAGAGUGGUGACUUUAAAACUGGGCCACAGUGAGGAAACGGUCAAAAGGCUAGACUCGAAGCAGGAAAGCCACAUCGCAUCCAGAAUGGGACGGACGACUUUAAAACUCCCAUUCAGACAUACAGAUUUUUGUAAAAGUUGCCAAAAUCCUAAGAGAUCCACACAGUUGGAAUCAAAGCCUUGAGGUUUUGGCCUCUACAGACUAAAAUGACCAUCAUUUCAGGAUCCUGCUAACUGGCUAGCCCUCUUGGCUAUGGUGUGGCACCAUCUCGUGUCCAUCCCGGAGAUGUCCUGGGUCCAGUUUCAGGCGGUGUAGUGAGAGUUUUACAGAGGUGCACGGCAGUUUGCUUACUUCUCAGGUCCCUCUAGAGUUAGGUAGCUAGAUAGAAAACAUAACAAAGAGUCAGCUACACGACAACACGCAGGCGUCAGAGUUAUUGUAUGGUUUUACCUGGUGUGGUGUCAGAGGUUGGAACGGUAACCCCACCUUUCUGCUUUCACUAGCACAUUAUACACCGACUCCUCUCCGUCAACAGCCUGCCGACGCACCGACACGCCACACUGUUGACAGGCAGGCAUUAAAAAGCCACCUCCAUUUUGGCUCCAUGACACCACUCGCUUGUCCAGAAUUGUAACAGCAGAUCCAAAAUGGCCGACACACAACACUGCCCUUUUGUGAAAGCAUGUUGUGUGUGAGCAUUUCCAAAAACAAACACCGUUCUCUUUGACGAUAAAAGAUCAGUGAGCAUUUGAUCUUUAUUAGUUUUUGUGGGUGUUUCUCUUUGUUUUGCACGGGAUUGGGGGGGGGAGGGGAGGGUCUGCAAGGUUUUUUGCUCAGUCAUCACUUCUCUCCACAUCUCCUUCGCAUCUUCACCUCUGGCUUCUGUCACCUUUCUAAACGUGUGACUAAUCAUUUCUGGAUUUUCUUCUUCCUUCUGGGAUAAAGGAAAACCGAACAGACGCACCAACCCAUCCGCUCAGUUGGCUGUGAAAUUGUGUCAGCGGGUCAGUCGUGAGGCAACGUUUCAAAAAAACAGAAAUAAGGGCUCUCUUUAAAAAAAAAGAAGAAGAAGAAACAGUACACCGUGGGUUUUAAUGUACAGUAGUGCUGCCAAAAGUUGUGCUUAUGUAGCUGAAGCCACUCUGUGGUCCCCUUUGUACAGCACUAAAUGUGUGCAUGCGUGUGUGUGUGUAAGGGGGGGUCAAGAGCAAGGCAGGGGAGGGACGGGUGGGAGGGGCCGAAGGCAAUUUCUUAAGAGGUUUUGGUGACUCCAGGGGAUGGAGGGGGGAGUUUGGGGGAGGGGAGGACAGGGAGCAGCAGCAGCAGAGGUCAUACAGAUGUUUUACACAAUUUCACAAUGGCACUGGACCACUUUUCAGGCUCAUCCUCAUCCUCAGAAGCCAUGUUUUCCACCGUCAACCCAUCCACGCUUUGUCCCGCUGUGAGGAAGGCGGGGCUACUGCUGCCAUAAGGAGACAUUUCCUCUGUUUGUGAUGUGACAGUGUGUGAGUGUAUAUGACUGAGCAGGUGUUUCGAGUGGCGUCCAAGUGUGUUUAGUGCUGAAAUCGAUUUGUGUGAUUAAUCACUAAUCACUAAUUAUUAUACAUAUACGUAUCAGGUUUGUCACAAUACUAGAAUUUAAAAGUCAAUACUGAUGCCAUGGAAACCAAUGUCUAUACCACAGGGAAAAGUGAGAGGAUAUUUUAAAAAAGAAAUAUCAACAGCAAAAGUACUUUUAAGUUUUGCGAACUUGUGCAAAAAAUACAACAUUGUUGUUCAGAGUUAUGAGCGUUAUCUCCUUCAGUGUAUACUGUUCAAUACUGUUGCCAAUGAAUAUCUGAUUGACUAAUAGCUGAUCCCAGUAUGUUCUUUUGCUUCCUUUUUUCUAAUAAAAAUCACUUCAACUUCUAAGAUUUUUGGCAAUGGCUUAAGAGUUCCUGUUAAAGUGCAGGUUUGUUGUAAUGUGGAUUACAAGCAUUGAAAACACAUUUGCCCAUUAGUGUUCAUUAAUGAGCCUGGUCUUUAUUUGAAAAGAAGAAAAUAACAGUCAAGUUUGGUUCAAGUUAAAUAAGUGACCAUCUAAGUAAGACUAAAGUAGUAAAUGGUUUUGGAAGGUUGCGUUGGCUGUCUCUAUAAUCGACUAAUCGUUUCAGCACUAACUGUGUGUGUGUGUGUACAUGUGAGAAGAUACGGGACUGGGUUUGCAUGCAUUCGUCAGUUUAUUAGUGUGUGUGUGAGUGUGUGUGUGUCCUGGCACCAUCGGCUACAGAAGGUAAUCCUCAGUGCCUUACACUGUACAGGACACUAAGAUGAUUUCUUCAUCUGAGAUAUUCACAGCGCACACACAUUACGUUUUAACGUCCUCAUUGCCCAUUGGUAAGGAUGGUGUGAAGGGGGUGUGUGUGCGUGUUUGUAUUUGUAAGGGGUGGGUGGGGAUGGGGUGGGGCUCGGUAGAUCAUCAUGUCACAUGUGUCACCCAUCAUCUCCCUCUCUCUCCGAUGCCAUCUAAUGUGUAUAUUGCCUCUGUAAUUCUUGUGUAUACAAUCCAUAAAGUUUGUGAAAAACUCACUGUGUUCAUCAGAUCUCCAUUCAUUCUGCACUCGUGUCGCUUCUCUCCUCCCUCCGUCUCCUCGCCCUCCCUCAUCGUGUCAUACCACCCGUGAACGCAAGGUGGUGGGAUUGAGCUUUCACAGUCAUCGCUCAUUGUGAAACGCCCGUGUGGAUCGGUUGAGUGAGUUGAUGCUUGUGUGCGCAUUUUUGGUUUGGAGGCGUCUGUCUGGCGCGUGUGCGCCUUGCUCAGUUCCUCGUGGAGCCUGGCAGGUGUCGGGGCUGAAUUUAUUCACUUAGAUGAAUAAUUUGUAACUCAGAUGAGCUCAUCUGAUCAGCAGUGAGAAAAGAAACCAUUCUCAGUGAUCAGUUUCUCACCUCAAGGAAACAAGAACAGCAAAUACAGCCCGCCAAACCCUUACAUUGUAUGUUAGCGCAUUAAACUGCAUUUAACGUAUCGAUAAUCUCUUUAGCAGAUAAGGUCUUUACAUUUACACUGAAGGAGAGAGUUAUUAAUGCAAAAGCAUGACACCUGCCUGGUUCCCUAAUCCAAUCAGUAAAUCGAUUCUUCAGAAACACGGGUGAAAUGCCUCUUGCUGUAGCCGCUGCAACCCUCAAGCAAGCUCCCCACUGUUUCCAUCCAUGUCCUUCAUUCUUCCCUCACCAUCUCUGUGCUCUCUGUUUGUUUGCAUCGCCAUCAGCCCACCAGAGAAGAGUUGCCUCCAGAAGAUUCGAUUUCUUUUUUGCUUUUUGCUCUCAACGUCAGACACUGCAGGCUGAUCGAUCCCAAAACUGGACUGUUUUCUAGGUUUGAAAAUACUGUUAAAUAUGUUCUUGUGAAGAAGACUCUGAAUCCCUUUAACCAACUUAGGGAACAUUAGUGAUGCAGCAAACGAGCUAUUACGUCAUGUUCAAGCCACUAGAGAUGUUUAAUCUGCUGCUUUGUGACAGUUAGGCAACAGCUGGUGGAGCAGUCACACCGGGCCAAACAGUUAAAGGUUUCAGAGUGACCUUCUCCAGUUACACAGCCUCCAUCAACUGUUAAAAAACACAGGGUUCAAUCUGACUUCAAGGGAUCCGAAUACCAGCCGAUUAAAAAGCUUUGUCAGCGCUGAGAUGCAAAGCUGGGAAUCUCUCUGGAGCAUCCAUCGCCACGCACGCCAUCCGACCCUCGACCCAGUAGAACCAAAACCAGUGCCACAGUAGAAAACCAUACAGCAAGUCGGGGUGGAAAAAAAAAA